UUACCACUGCGGUUUAGCUCACCACGAUAACCACCAUGGCCUUACGAGGAGUGUGUUUCAACUGCAACAUGGCGGGUCAUUUCGCUAGAGACUGCCCGUAUCGCCAAGCCUCCCUUUCCGAACAGUCCAAUGGGUUUCGUCCCGCAUCCUUUCCACCACUUCCACCACCAUCAGGCAUUUCUCCUCCCGUUUCCUCCCAAACCCCUCUUCUUGCGCUCCCCCCUCCUCCAUCCCUCUCCGUGUCUCAGUCAGGAAACACGAACACGAACCAGGCGAUCAUCCCAAGGCAGCCUUUCUGGAAGAUGAAUCGGGAAAAACUGGACCGGGCCUACGACUUCAUGGCAUCCGAGUUGGAAGCACGUCAGGAGGCCAUCCGCGAAAAGGAGAGACUCCUGAAGGAGGAAGAGGAGAAGAAGAAGGUUAGAGAAGCGGAAGAGAAGGCGCUCAGAAAAUUGAAGGAAAGGCAGGACUUCGAGGAACGAAUCAGCAAUAUUGUGGGCAGCAAGAUCAACGACGCUUGCGAUCUGUUUCUGGGCAAGACGCAUCCAGCGAGAUCCUCUGCCGAGAGAAGGGAACCAAGGGAGCAGCCAAGGACGAGAUUGGAGGAUGAUACCGAGAAGGAAAGGUUGCAGAAGCAGAUAGAGCAGCUGCGAAUGGACAAUGAAUGUAUCAGAAAAAGCAUGGAGGAACUAUCGCGAGUAAUCAAGGCUUCGACGGCAGGGGCCAAGAGACCAAGCGGAGGGGUCUGCGUCGCAAGCCCGCCGAAGGCCGCGCCUCGGGGCAGACCGCGAGUCAUAGGAGUCGGGACACCAACCUCACACGACUUUCGAAAUCUGCUGAAGGCAUACAAUCAGGUCAAGGAGGGAAAAAGGGCGGCUGAUCUAGAGGUGCAUGCCCUUAAGGAGCGUUUCGAGCGGGCAAUAGACAAGCUUGUCAGACAAGGAAGGACCCCUCACGCAAACCUGACCAGACGAAUGAAUGAAGCUACAGAUGAGGAUGAUCCCGAGCAUCAGGACAAACAAGAGGAGGCUCUGGACGAUCUCAUACUGCGCCCUUCUCCACCAAAGAGAACGUCUGGACGCUUGGCCACGAAUGCGGCUGCAGCAGAAAGAGUCGAUUUCGUCAAAGAAACGAAGAAGCACCUCAAGCGAUUGAAGAAGCAGGGGUUACAGAUACGCUGUAACAGGGAGGGCAUUACGUUUGUUACUUGUGAACAGGCGAUGAAUGACAUAGCCGAGCAUAGGGCGUCGUUGGCAUUCGAUUUUCGCCCAGACGCAGCUAAGGCAGGACGAUCAGCCCCGGAAUCUGAAAUUGAAGAAGUAAAGGAAGAUGCUCACGAGGAGACAACGGAAACCCAGCCCGUCAACAUCGAAGACGACGAACGGAUAGGUGACGAAUAGGGGUUCUGCCCGAGCGCUACAUCGUUAUGGAACCUGGUCACCCUCUGUCUUCCCUUACGUAAGUCCAGGGUAGCUUUGUUGGAUCCCCACCUUAACUAUCUCUAUCGAAUGUCAGUUAUUGGUCUAAUCCUUCUUGGGCAUGUCGCAUGGGGAUGGAAAUUUGCUGAUCUAUUGGUGUGUUUCCAAUAAAACCUCGAGGCAGACACUUAGGGUAGUACUAUCAAACGUUAUUCAGAAACGUUUUGGCAUUUCCCCUCGUAGAAGACUCGUGUUUAGGAUAUGAUAUACCGACCUCAUAUCUAAAGCCAAGGUAAGAAUGUUUUGCGUACAACUCAUACGAGAAGCCAAUAUACCGACUUCGCUUGCAAGUAUGUUGUCAUGUAGGAUACGGGUGGUAUGGGUAAAAAAUCCAAGUAUUGCUCAAACGUUACAUAACUUUCGCUCUUUUUCCAGGAUGGAUGAAUCGGUUUGUUGUUGUCAAUCAAUCGUCAACAGAUUU